AGGUAAACAGAGGGGUGGAGCUCUUCACUUCGGGAAACGUUGACUGACGACCAAAGAAGAAAAGCUCGCUGCCUGCUACACACCUAGCUAACGACCUCGGAAUAUAGCUAGGUUAUCCUACUUCAGACAACAUUAAAAUCGAAUGUAUUUAAACUGCACUUAUCUAGCUAGUUUCUUGCGUCGGAGUGCUGUCAAGUCAAGGUAACGGUUAACCUUAACCACGACUAACGGCAAGUUGACGGAAAACGAAAGCGGAAGAACUUUCAGUUAGCUAAAAGUAGUUAGCUAGCUCAUACAACAUUGCACUGUAGCAGCUAGCAGGCUAGCUUGCUCCCUAUGCUUUCAUGACUGGUGUAGUUACUCGAGAUUUCACUGCGUAAACGAGAAUACCUUUAGUUAACGUUAGCUGGUUAGCUUUCGGACGCCCAGCAGCAGUUUGUUCCACAACCGAGGCGUAGGCAGGGCGGACUGGACUUGGAACAGUGACAGGUCCGAACUAGCUCAUAGCUAAGGUUUGUGCUUUCCUACAGCGACCUGUGCUUCAGCCGGAGAUUGGUCACUCACAUGACUUUCUGAUGAGAUAACAGGGAUCUUGCCAUACUGAGUUUCUACGAAAUGGUCGUGGAGCAGUAGCUAAGCCAAAGCUUUAAAAUAAGAUAUCGCAAUCCGGGCUCACAAGGAGUGUCAACCUUUUUUUUUGGGGCCAAAAACAUACGUCAAGACUGCAGAAAUGCUGACUGACAGCAGGAAACGUCACCGUAGCUGUGACAGUGAGGAGGACCAACAGCUGAGUCCUCAGGCCAAGAGAUCAGGAGGGGGUACCAGCCUGCUUGUGUCAGAUUUGGAUUCAGAGUCUUCCUGCAGCGACAGCAGUAAUGGGAUCAGUAGUCCAGAGAGAGCAAUAGUGGUCAGCGCCAGGCCAUGCAUACACAGCCAGAACAACUGCACCACCCAGUACUCCCUCAGCCCAAAGCCUGAAGACUCUGGGAGCUCCUUGCAGCAUGGUUUCCAUGGCGACGGCAGCAGUGUGUCCUACGACUACAUCAACAGAGUCCUGAGGGAGGCGCACUUCAGUAGUCUGCAGACCAGAGGGCGUCCAGGCUCAACAUGACGGUGACCUCUGACCCCUCUCCUGGCCUCUUGUCCCUCGCCCAUCAGUGCUGACACUACUGGCACUGUGGCUCCUCCUUGAAAGCCUCAAGCGACACCCUCGGGUCAGGGGGAAGGGGAUGAUGUGUGGAGGUUUACAGAUUUUGGGCACAAAGGCUCAUCCCCACCUCACCUUGUACCAUUUGUUAAGACCAUAAGCACAUCCGCCUUUCCAUGGCCCAACCACUGUGGUUUUUUUGUGCAGUGUUGAUGUGUAAGUGUGUUUGUGUGUAUGUGUGUGUGCACGCACCCUGUGCACUUUAUAAAGAGGUAUUGCUCUCUUUACAUGCGUGCGUUGAUGCGUGGACAUUUUCAUUGGUGCUAAUCACAAGAAAGGUGUGAUGAACCAAAGUGCUUGCAAAAUGAUAUAAAGCUAAGCACUUUACUCAAUAACUCCUCAUUCUGUUUACUCUCGACUGAGGAAGUCAGCCGCAUGUUUGUGUCUGUGAAGGGGGAGUUGUUGUGAUCCUAUUCACAAAGGAAGUUCAUGAAGGCUAAUGGAUUAACUUCCAAGGAGCAUUAUUAAAACAAUUCAGUAAAAUAACAUUAUAGGCCUUCUUUGUUUUCUCCAACCAAAGUGACAACGUUAAAUUAUAGUGUAUUGCAGUUACUUUCACUAUCUGAAUGAAUCCAAAAUGUUUUGGCGUGGCAGGUCAAUGGGUUUAAGGUAAUGGAACAGAGAUUCUUCAUGAGCCUCAAAAUCCAACCUCAGAUUAGACCCUGGCUAAUUAUAGAGCUGUGAGAGCAGGCACUGGAGUCUGCGGCUCAGGCAGUGUAAUGCUCAGCACAGUGCGUCUAACGAAAAAAGCCUCAAGAAAAAGCUCUCUCAAUACGUUUGUAACCAUGUGUUUAUUUCUAUAACAUUUUACACGUGUGUGUAUGCGUCAUAUGCCUGCCAGCCAUACUUGUUUCUGUAUGGUUCAAUAUGACCAGAAACACUGUGUUGCAAAUAAAGUGAUGAGAGUGGUGAAAGUGAUUCAUAA